CGAAAACGCACUAUUUUCCCAAAAGAACGUACAAAGCCCAAGACAACAACGCAAAAAUGCCCCCCAAAAUCCUACGAGCGCCCAACGGACGAUUCACAGCUAGAAAGAAAUCGUCCAACCUUUCUACUAGCUCUUCCACUGCAACCUCAGCUGAAUCCUCUCCAUUAGACACACCAGAACUCAGAACCAGCGAGCUAGCAGCCAACACCUCGGAUUCAGAACACGAAUCCUGCGAAGUCCAGAAACAACUAGGCUGGGCAGAAGAAGAAGAGGCAGAAGAAGACCGGGAAUCCUUGACAGGAGCCCCGAACCCAGACGAAAACACGCUCCCAACCUUCGAGGAAAGCCCAGAACUGUUGAAAGCGAGCUCGACCUUAAUGCUCCCAUUCCAACCCUUAUCGUGGCCAGCCCCACCUAUCACACUCACCAAACCGCCAACCGUGAAUAACCCAGUCAAGCCACAGUUCAUAACUAAAGCACCAGUAAAACCGUCAACGCCACUCCCAGCAAAGAAAAGGAUGGCAGGCAACACACCUAACUGGUUUCACGGAAAGGCAGAUGAAAAUGCCCAGAACUUCCUUCGGGACGUGGAUAGGUACAUCGUGCUGAACGAUCUAAAGACAGAAGCAGGGAAAGUCAUGGUGUUCAGCACUCUGUUAUCUGCGGGAUCGAUGGCAGAUACAUGGUGGAUCAAACUAGACAGUUCGAAGAAGACUACCUGGGCAGAUGUGAAGACAGCGUUUAUGGAAUGCUGGCCCGCAAUCCCAGUCGCUGAAAAGAUAGGACUAGACUAUCAACGCAAGAUCUUAGCGUUACGCACCUAACAGAUGAGGAGGUUGGAACGCAGAUAACUGGUGGCAGGAGUAGCCACCUGGGCGCAUCUCAAGUUCCACAACAAUCUUCAACAGCUUGUCAGUGAAGCAGGAGUAGCCAC